AGCCAGAAAUAGGGUCUCAUUCAAGCAUGAGUUUUGCUAAUGAAUUACUACUAUCUUGAAUGCCUUUCAUUUUUUAUUCAGAAGGAGAUGAAUAAGUCUUCCUAUCUGCUUUGAAAUAUUGAAAUGAAUGUGCAGAAACAGCUAGCAUAGUAAUGAAGCUUAAUCUUUUGAGGCUAUUAUUAGUAUAAUGUCACCAGUUCUUUAGGGUCUUUGCCAGGUUGUUACAAAGUUCAUUUUUUUAGUAAGGGCUUGGUAUAUGGGUAGCUGAUAUUUCAUUAGUUUUAAAUGGAGCAUUAGAACAAGGUUGGGAGAGUCUUUCCCAUGUGCCAGACUUUUACCUGAGUGCUUUAUAUUUACUACUUACAGUAGCUCUAUUAGGUGGUAUUAUUCCCAUUUUACAGCUGAGGACACUGAGAUGUAAAGAGGUUAAGCAACUUCUCAGGCUCCUAUGGUUAGCCAGAUAUGUAGAGCUGAGACUCAAACCCAAGGGGUCUGAUUGCCACGCAGGCAACCUUAAUGCCUAAUUAGGCUGCUGCCUGCAAAGAAUAAACUGCAUGAAGAGGAAGAUGAGAAGGUGGAAGGACCAAAUUAUAAAAGUCUUAAAUGCCAGGCUAAGUGAUUUUAUGUUUAUUUGACAGACAAUGGGAAGCCACUGAAAGUUUUCCUGUAGGGCGGGAUGACAGAGUGAGAGCUGGGCUGUAAGGAUUUUACAUGAGGUACAGCAGGUGGGCUGGUUUAAAGAGAAGGGAGACCAUUGCUAGAAGCUGAGAAGUAAUGAGCACGUGGGUUUUGGAAGCAGCCUUAAGAUAAGAGCUUGGGAACGCCCAUAAAUGGUGUGCCAAAGGGGAAGAGGCCAAGACACGUAAGCAGAGAGGUGAGACCCAGGCCAGUGAGUGCCACCUGAAGGAGGUGGUUCCGAAGUUGAAUACCAUGGAGGCCGGAGAGGAUUGGAACAAAACAAAGACUAGUGCACCAUUACUGUGCACCCCCCAUGAGACUGGAAUUGUGCCGGGGAAAAGUCCACAUUAAAAUGUUCUGCGCUACCAACUCUGCUCCUUGUGGGCCAGCCAUGAGAGGGUACCUCGUGGCCAUAUUCCUGAGUGCUGUCUUUCUCUAUUAUGUGCUGCAUUGUAUAUUAUGGGGAACAAACGCCUAUUGGGUGCCACCUGUGGAAAUGAAGCGGAGAAAUAAGAUCCAGCCUUGUUUAUCGAAGCCAGCUUUUGCCUCUCUCCUGAGGUUUCAUCAGUUUCACCCUUUUCUGUGUGCAGCUGAUUUUAAAAAGAUUGCUUCCUUGUAUGGUGGCGAUAAGUUUGAUUUGCCCUAUGGGAUAAGAACAUCAGCGGAAUAUUUUCGACUUGCUCUUUCAAAACUGCAGAGUUGUGAUCUCUUUGAUGAAUCUGACAACAGUGUGCCAUGUAAAAAGUGCGUGGUGGUUGGUAAUGGAGGAGUUUUGAAGAAUAAGACGUUAGGAGAAAAAAUUGACUCCUAUGAUGUAAUAAUAAGAAUGAAUAAUGGUCCUGUUUUAGGACAUGAAGAGGAAGUUGGGAGAAGGACAACCUUCCGACUUUUUUAUCCAGAAUCUGUUUUUUCAGAUCCCAAUCACAAUGAUCCUAACACUACGGCGAUUCUCACUGCUUUUAAGCCGCUUGAUUUAAAGUGGCUGUGGGAAUUGUUGACAGGUGGCAAAAUAAACACUAAUGGUUUUUGGAAGAAACCAGCCUUGAACUUAAUCUACAGACCUUAUCAAAUCAGAAUAUUAGAUCCUUUCAUUAUCAGAAUGGCAGCUUAUGAACUGCUUCACUUCCCAAAAGUGUUUCCCAAAAAUCAGAAACCCAAGCACCCAACAACAGGAAUUAUUGCCAUCACAUUGGCUUUUCACAUAUGUCAUGAAGUUCACCUUGCUGGAUUUAAAUAUAACUUUUCUGACCUCAAGAGUCCUUUGCACUAUUACGGGAAUGCCACCAUGUCUUUGAUGAGUAAGAAUGCAUAUCACAAUGUGACAGCGGAGCAGCUCUUUUUGAAGGACAUUAUAGAAAAAAACUUUGUAAUCAACUUGACUGAAGAUUGACCCUACAGACUCAGAAGACGAUGCUAACAGUAUUAGUUUUAUUUUUAUACUGCAAUUUUUAGUUUAUUUUUAAAUAUGUUGGAUGCACUUGUCAAGAAAUUGUGUACAUAAAAGUCUGUUGUCGCCUGGUGAGUCAUAACCACCAGCUUAAUUUCUGUGAAUAUAUUUAAUUUAUAAAAACCAGGAUAUGUUUAGUUAUCAGGGAAAUAAGUUUUGAAUGCAUUGUUUUUAAAACAACCUAGUUUUCUGAAGUGUUUUUAAACAUCUUUUUAUAGUUACUUCAUGUUAGACUUUUGAAGGGAUGUGACUUCUUAGUAGGGGAUUUAGUUUACCACAACAAAUUUUGAACACAUUUUAAGAGGUGUACUCGUCUACUGUAAAUUGGUGGGGAAUGGAGAUGUGGUUGUGCCUUGAUAUGGCAAAAUGGAACCAUUUUAGGCAUGUAUCUAAAUGGUUGAUUAGUUCCUUUUUGUUGUCCCCGAGGAGACCGAUUUUAAUCUUAAAAGCAGCCCUGAACACAACGGUGGGUUAUGGUCAAGGAAAUCUAAGACCAUACUGGUUUCAUUAAGCUUUUAACUAAACCAGGAUUAUUAAUGAGUAAUUUCAUAGAAGGAAGGUGGUGUUUUUGUUUUUAAGGUGAAGGAAAUAGGCUGAACAUGAAAUUCUGGUUAAGUAAAUAGCCUAAGAAUACAAUUACUAAAGUCUGGUGACUGCAUUAUUUUUAAGUUUAUACAAAGAAGCUCCAGGAGACCAUUGUUAAACAUCAUUUUCUGCCUUGUUUAAUAUAUUAAAAUUUGAAAGUUUACUAUUUGAAUUAAAUUAGGAAAAAUGAAGAUGACACAGUAAGUUAAACCCUUAAGAAGAUUCAAGCUGUUUUUGGAUUUAAAUGGUAUUUUCAUGAAAAAAUCUCAACUGUCCACGAUUAAAUCACAUCUUCAAAGGAAA